AUGCCAACAACUCUUGACCCAAUUACACAGCCACCCAAUCUGCUAUUCAACCAGCCACCCAAUCUGCUAUUCAACCAGCCACCUAAUCUGCUAUUCAACCAGCCACCUAAUCUGCUAUUCAACCAGCCACCCAAUCUGCUAUUCAACCAGCCACCCAAUCUGCUAUUCAACCAGCCACCCAAUCUGCUAUUCAACCAGCCACCCAAUCUGCUAUUCAACCAGCCACCCAAUCUGCUAUUCAACCAGCCACCCAAUCUGCUAUUCAACCAGCCACCCAAUCUGCUAUUCAACCAGCCACCUAAUCUGCUAUUCAACCAGCCACCCAAUCUGCUAUUCAACCAGCCACCUAAUCUGCUAUUCAACCAGCCACCCAAUCUGCUAUUCAACCAGCCACCCAAUCUGCUAUUCAACCAGCCACCCAAUCUGCUAUUCAACCAGCCACCUAAUCUGCUAUUCAACCAGCCACCCAAUCUGCUAUUCAACCAGCCACCCAAUCUGCUAUUCAACCAGCCACCCAAUCUGCUAUUCAACCAGCCACCCAAUCUGCUAUUCAACCAGCCACCCAAUCUGCUAUUCAACCAGCCACCCAAUCUGCUAUUCAACCAGCCACCCAAUCUGCUAUUCAACCAGCCACCCAAUCUGCUAUUCAACCAGCCACCUAAUCUGCUAUUCAACCAGCCACCCAAUCUGCUAUUCAACCAGCCACCUAAUCUGCUAUUCAACCAGCCACCCAAUCUGCUAUUCAACCAGCCACCCAAUCUGCUAUUCAACCAGCCACCCAAUCUGCUAUUCAACCAGCCACCUAAUCUGCUAUUCAACCAGCCACCCAAUCUGCUAUUCAACCAGCCACCCAAUCUGCUAUUCAACCAGCCACCUAAUCUGCUAUUCAACCAGCCACCCAAUCUGCUAUUCAACCAGCCACCCAAUCUGCUAUUCAACCAGCCACCCAAUCUGCUAUUCAACCAGCCACCCAAUCUGCUAUUCAACCAGCCACCCAAUCUGCUAUUCAACCAGCCACCUAAUCUGCUAUUCAACCAGCCACCCAAUCUGCUAUUCAACCAGCCACCUAAUCUCCAUUAA